GCCGCACCUGGCCUGGAGUGCCAAAUUAGAAGAGGAGUCAUGUCAGAAGAAACAGUAAGCGAAUCACAGUUUUCCUUGAAGACAGCAGCACGAAGAGUGUUUGAUCUUCCUCUGUCUUGGUACUAUUCUCUCUCCCAGAAUAGUAUUACGUUGCAUGAAUGUACCAGUUUGUUCACCUAUUCACCUGUUGAUGGACAUUUGGGUUGUUUCCUGUUGUUUUUUUAAAUUAUAAAUCUGCUAAGAAAAUUCCUGUGCAAGUCCUCAUAUGUGACAUAUGCUUUCAUUUCUCGUGGGUAAAUACUUAGGACUGAAAUGGCUGAAUCAUAAGAUCAGAUUUUCGCCGGUAGCUAAAAAGUUGUUUGUGGUAACUGCAGUGAGUGCUGUAUCUGUAAUUUUUCUGGCCCAUCACUUUAAAAGAAGACGUGGAAAGAAGAAAGGAAAAAUAAUACCAUGGGAACCAGAGCACCUCAUACUUGAAUACACUAAAAGAGCAGCAUCAGACAAAGGUUCAAGUUGUUCCAGUAGUAGACAGAAUUUGACAUUAUCUUUAAGUUCUGUCAAAGACAAAGGAUCUCAGUCUUAUAAUUAUGCUAAUGGAGGACUUUUCAGUAAAUACUCAGGCUCUGCACAGAGUUUGGCCUCUGUCCAGAGUGUCAAUUCUUGUCAUAGUUGUGCUUGCGGCAAUUCUAAUUCCUGGGAUAAAGCAGAUGAAGAUGAUAUUAAACUUGUUAAUAUUCCUGUGACCACUCCUGAGAACUUAUACUUGAUGGGUAUGGAAUUGUUUGAAGAGGCAUUGCGUCGAUGGGAACAAGCUCUAACCUUUCGAAAUAGACAGGCUGAAGAUGAAGCCUAUAGUUCCAUUAAAUUGGGUGCAGGAGAUGCCAUUGCUGAAGAAAGUGUAGAUGAUAUUAUUAGUACUGAAUUUAUCCAUAAACUUGAAGCUCUGCUGCAAAGAGCAUAUCGUCUCCAAGAGGAGUUUGAAGCUACCCUGGGGGCAUCUGAUCCUAAUUCCCUCGCUAAUGAUAUUGAUAAAGAUACCAAUAGCACUGUGAAGGGGAGCGUGGAUGACAUUGGCCUGCGAGACACCUUGAGCACUGCGUCAACCGAUUCCUUUGCUUCAGCAGCAGAGCUUGCAGAGCACAGAGAAGUACGGCAUACCUACAGUCUGGAGUCUCUUUGCCACUGCCCUUUUUAUGAAGAAGCCAUGCAUUUAGUUGAAGAAGGAAAAAUUUACUCAAGAGUGCUUAGAACUGAAAUGCUGGAGUGCCUAGGAGACAGUGAUUUUCUUGCCAAACUUCACUGUAUUCGACAGGCUUUUCAGGUAAUCCUUUCAGAAACAGCCAACAGGAUUUUCCUUGCUGAGAGUGGAAGGAAAAUUUUAUCAGCAUUAAUUGUGAAAGCACGAAAGAAUCCAAAGAAGUUCGAAGACGUUUUUGAUGAAAUGAUCUAUUUUUUAGAGCAGACUGAUCACUGGGAUAGUACAGAAAUGGAACUUGCUGCUAGAGGAGUGAAAAAUCUAAAUUUUUAUGAUGUUGUUCUGGAUUUUAUAUUAAUGGAUUCCUUCGAAGAUUUAGAAAACCCACCCACAUCCAUACAGAAUGUAGUAAAUAAUCGCUGGCUAAACUCCUCCUUCAAAGAAACUGCUGUGGCUUCAAGUUGUUGGUCGGUGCUGAAACAGAAAAGGCAACAAAUGAAGAUCCCAGAUGGAUUUUUUGCCCAUUUUUAUGCCAUUUGUGAGCACAUCAGCCCUGUCCUAGCCUGGGGCUUUUUGGGCCCUAGAAAUUCUCUCUAUGAUUUAUGUUGCUUCUUUAAGAAUCAAGUUCUUUUCUUUCUCAAAGACAUUUUUGACUUCGAGAAGGUACGCUAUUCCAGUAUAGAGACUCUGGCCGAAGACCUCAUGCAGUUGCUCAUUCGCCGCACUGAACUUUUAAUGGCCUAUCUUGGAGCUGAUGCACUGAGGCAUACAAGUAGUUGUAUAAGUAGUCAUGGUAACGUUCUGUCCAGUGGCCUAGUGGAAGCCAAAGUGCAAUAGAUACCAUACAAACUAUAUAAUUUGAGUGCUAUGAAAUAUUUUAAGAUAACUAUUGAUUUUGUAACAUAUAUUACAUAGACUUGGUAGAUGUGGACUCAGGGAGGAAAAAAAGUCUAGUAAAGAAUGAGUGACCAUACUGUACUUACACAGAAGUUCUGUCAUUGAAUCCCUGUGUAGUGUAUCCAAAGCAGCUUUUUAUAGUCUUUAGGUAAUAAUUUAAGUCGUGAAAUGUAUAUUUUGUAGAAAUAUUGCUUGAAUUGAAGCCAGUACUUGGGAGUUAAUUGAUUUGUCGUCUUGAAGCUGUCUGAAAUGUCCAGUAUCCUUCUCAAAAGCUCUGUUUUUAUGCUUUGCACCUUGAAAAUGUACAAUUUAGCCAAGACCUUUGUGGCCCACACAUGCAAGAAUAUAUGACUCUUAGUGUCAAGAGACUUAACUUCACCUGAAAAUGUAUUUUUAAUUGUAAAGUUAUUCAUUUGUUUAAUCAAGUUUAGACAGUAGUGGUGUUUAAUAUGUACUGCUUACAUUAUUGCUUGUGCAUUUGCUUAUGUAUUUGAUUCAAAGAAAUUGUAAUGGCUGACAGUGAGAAGUUUACAAGUUUCAAGUUUAUAUUAGAUUCACUGCAGUUUCCAAAAUAUAUUACUGUUGGUCCUAUGAGUUACAAAACAGAGACUGAUGAAAUUUCUUUUAACUUUCUGUAGAUUAGAACAUUUUUCUCUUGAAUGAAUAUUGAUUAAAAAGAUAACAGUUAUUAAUAAUGACAGGCAAUUAAAAUUUUUCUUGUGUAGUUUUGAGACUAUCUCCCAACAUCUGAAGGUGUUUAUCUUGGUAUAGUAAAAUCAGUUUUCCUUUCUUCUUCUAUAAAACUUGUUUUUAGUUAUUCCCACAGAGAACUUAGCACAUUUUGUCAUAUUAUACCCAUAUUUGAAAAAUAUUCAUACUUUGAAUCUUAGUGAGGUUUUAAAGAAGGUUUUUUUCCCGUAUCGAACAGAAUAUUUUUAAUUGUAUGGAAGUAUAUUUUAUAUCCUUUCUGAUAAAUAUAUAAACAAAUGAGUUGUUCAUAUAAGUAAAGAUUCUUGAGAGUAUAUUAGAUACUUUCACAGUUAUAUGAAUUUUGUGUCUAAAUCAUAUACCACGUGGAGUGGCUGACUCAGUAUAUCAAUAGAUUGGAUUUAUUGAUUUUGUUUUUAAAGUGGGCUUUAUUCAUCUCAGAAGUAAGUUUCCCAGGAGGAUCGGAAUAUAUUUUUUUAGAAUGCAUUUUUAGAUUAAAGUGCCUAUUUAUGAUUAAUGAAUAGAAAAUGAACAGUGGGGAAAGGCAUAAUCUUUUAAGGUUUUAAAUUUAUGUAUGUACCAUGUUUAUGUAACAGUUACAAAAUAAGAGAUUCAGCAUCUUUAUGCUGUUUGCAUGUACUGUGUUCCAUAAUGUAUAGGCUAUAGCAUUAAACAAUGUGAAAUAUUGCUCUAAUAAUUUUUGAGUAUAUAGUUCCUUGACUUUUCUUAACUAUAGUCUUAAUUUAAGAAUUGGCUACUUAUAAUUCUUAUUAUUAGGGGAAUGUCAGAAGUGUCAAAGCUAAAAAUUCCAUUAUGUAAUGUUUUACUUUUUAAUUUAUAUCUUGUAUUUCUAGCUUCUCGUUGAGGUACCACUGGCCUUGAAUGAUUCACACACAUACACACGUGUGCACAGACACAUUCCCUUUAUCAUGUAGGCAAGACAGGCAUUGCUUAUUCUGUUUGGGGGGGCGCUAAAUUUUUAAGUUGUGGUUUAUAAACAGCUAUAAGUAAACUUAAUUAUAUUUUUAUUUGAGGAAGAUAUUGUUUGCAAUCUAUUUUGAAGAAUUGCACUACUUAAUAAUGCUGCUACUGCAUAAGAUUACUGGGGGAUUUAUUUCAUCAGAUAAGAUGAAUGGCUUUCCAGAAGGUUUUUUUUUUCUUCUUUACAUUUCACCGAAAAACAAAAACAAAAACAAAAAACAAAAAACAGUUGCCCAUAUUCAAGAAGUUGGUUUAUCUAAUUCAGUAGCUUGAGUUCAUUUAGUUUCUAGUCAGUUUAGUAGCUACUACUUUAGUAAGAUGCUUUCUUUGUGGCCUUUAACAAAAGAGACAAGAGUGACCAAAUAGAAUUGCAGAGUAAUUAUAGGAAACAGCCUCUUUAUUGUAAGGGAAGAAACUUGACCAUUUAAAAAGAAAUGUCUCUUAAAAAUGUUUUUGACCACAGAAUAGUACUUAAGACAUAUGUGCCAAUUUCAAUUUGCCUUGAAAUUGGGUUAAACAGCUAAAGCAAUGUUUUAAAAAAAUUAAAAAAUGACUAAAUUAGUUUUAAAACCCUUUAGGGUAAAACCUUAUGUAACACUUACUCAUGAUAGUAUUAUCAGAAAAUUGCCAUUGCCACUAUGAGUCCUACCAUCUACAUCCCUAUGUAAAUUAUAAGAGGGCCUUGAAUUAGUCCUGUGAAAGUAGAUUCUUUUCCCUUCUGUUUUCUGGAAAUAAAAAGGUUAAAUGUUCAGAUGAUUUAUAUUUAAUAAUUUUUCUAUUUUUUCCUACAUUUUUAAGUAAAAGGCUAGUUAUUUCUUCUUGAAGUCCUAUAAUAUGUUUAUUAAAUGUCAAAAUUAGGUUAUCUUUUUAAAAAGAAGCCAAGUUUUUCAUACUGUUAAAAUCAGCUCCAAAGAAUUCUCUCUUUAAAGCAGUAUUCUUUAUUUGCACCCAUUUACUGAUUCUUAAUUUGUUGAAUUAACUAACUUUAUAAAAAAUAUUAACAAACUUUUUCCUGCCUUAAGAUGUAACAUUUUCUACCUAAAUGAUUAGCUGAGGAGUAAUUAUUUACAUUACAAAAGAAUUCUUUAGUUUAUCAUUCCUUUAAACCUAUGAAAUAGGAAUGCCAAAGUAACAUUUAAUAUACUUUUCUGUGACCUUUCAUAAUCAGAAAUUUUAAAUUAUGUUCAUAAUUUACUUUUAUUUUAAUGUGAACACAUAUUAGGAAAUUAUUUGGAAUAUGCAUUUUGAAGUGAUUGUAUGAAUUAAGCUGGAUUCAAAUUUUGGGGUUUUUUCCUUAGAUUAAUCAUAUCUAGAAAUCUCUGUGUAUGUGAGACUUAGAAAUUUGUAUAAUCUGUGAUUAAUGGAAAGAAGGGCAUCCUUUCUUUCUCCCUAAUGAUUAUAUUAUGUUAGUAUUUUGCUUAAUUUGAGAACAACCAUGUAGUAGCUUUACUUGGCUGAUAUCAGUAAAUGUGUCUAUUUCCUAGAUGUAACGACUGCACUUAACUAAUUUAUGUAAAAUUGAAACACUACAGUAGCAGAAUAAAAUAGCACUGACUCUUUAGCCAAAAUAAGCACUAUAACAUGGAUGUAUUUCUAUUACUGCCAAAUAAAAUGUGAUGGUACAUCUUGCUAA